GUUUUUUCUUACCUUUUUCCAAACAAAGCUCAACCCCUUUCGCCCAAUACAAUUCCAAUUCCAAUACUUUUUCCCAUUGACCCUAUUUCUUCUUUUAAAAAGUAUAUAUAUUUUGAUUGAUAUACAACGCUAUUUAUUGCAUUUUCUCUUAAAAACUCAUUGAUCUUUUCUAUCCCUUUGACUCAAUUGAUUUUUUCUUACUCUCUUGUAAAAGUGUCAAGGUUCAAGGGUUGGUUUUCUAGAGUUUUAUAUGGUAUAAUUACUUGCUCAUUUUUACUUGAUCUUGUCUUUGAUAUGAGUUUGACUCAUUCCAAUUUUUUCCAAUAUUUUAUGCUGAUUUGUAUUAACUUUUAAGGUUUUAGCAUGCUUUAUUGAAUGCUAUACUUUCAUUGUUGGUUCAUCAAACUUAGGUUGUUUGAUGUUUUCCAUUAUAGACAGGAAAGCUUCAAGAUUUGUGGGUAUUUUCUGGCUUAAAGUUUUGAUCUUUUAUAGUAUUUUUAAUUUUUGUGCCCCAUUUUCAUAUGGGGUGUGACCAUUUAGAUUGAGAUUGAACUGAAAUUGGGUUGUCAUUGUUGUUGAUUAUUGAUCAAUUAGUUUAUUGUAUGAGUUAGGGUUGGAUUUCAAGAGUUUGACUUUAAAGGUGAUUUGAUUCAAUUUCUGAUCUUGAUCUUAGAUUAUAUUUUAUUAAUUAUAAAGCGUCUGGUAGUAUUGGAUUUUGAUGUAUUAAGAAGAAGUUGAUCUAGAUGGGAAAUGCUUGUGUUGGACCUAGUAUUUCAAGGGAUGGUUUCCUGCAAACAGUUACUGCUGUAGUAUGGCGAACCCGGUCGCCAGAUGAUACAGCUUCUGUUUCUAAUGGAGGAAGCCAUCAUCAACAACCACUAUCACCAUCUCCUGCUUCUAAUGAAGCAGAAGUAGUGCCUUUACCUACCCGAAAUGAAGCCCCUAAACAGAUGACAAUGCCUAAAAUAGAAAGUGAACAAACCCCAUCAAUGGUGCAAAACCCAGAAGUUGAAUCAGUGGUUAUACCGAAAGCGGAAGCUGAACCUAUAGAACAAGCAAAACCCAAGAAACCCCUUCAAUUUAAAAGAGCACCCAGUGCAGGGCUUCGAGUCGAGUCAGUUUUGCUAAAAAAGACAGGAAAUAUUAAGGAAUUUUACACUUUAGGGAGAAAAUUAGGGCAAGGACAAUUUGGGACUACAUUUAUGUGUAUAGAGAAGAGUAGUGGGAAGGAGUAUGCCUGUAAAUCAAUAGCAAAAAGGAAGUUGUUGACUAAUGAGGAUGUUGAGGAUGUAAGGAGGGAAAUUCAGAUAAUGCAUCAUCUUGCAGGGCAUCCUAAUGUGAUUGCAAUUAAAGGGGCUUAUGAAGAUGCUGUGGCAGUUCAUUUGGUUAUGGAAUUGUGUAAAGGAGGUGAACUUUUCGAUAGGAUUAUUCAGCGAGGGCAUUAUACCGAAAGACAAGCCGCUGAUCUCACGCGAACUAUAAUUGGUGUUGUUGAGACUUGCCAUUCUUUAGGGGUUAUGCAUCGUGAUCUUAAACCCGAGAAUUUCCUGUUUGAGAGUCAUGAGGAGGACUCACCCCUUAAAACUAUUGAUUUUGGAUUGUCUAUGUUUUUCAAGCCAGGUGAGAAGUUUACCGAUGUUGUUGGGAGCCCUUAUUACGUUGCACCUGAAGUACUACGGAAACGUUAUGGUCAAGAAGCAGAUGUGUGGAGUGUGGGAGUCAUAGUUUACAUCUUACUUAGUGGAGUGCCUCCUUUUUGGGGAGAAACCGAGCAAGGAAUAUUUGAGCAAGUCCUGCAUGGAGAUCUUGACUUUUCCUCAGACCCUUGGCCAAGUAUCUCUGAAGAGGCAAAAAGUGUUGUCAGAGGAAUGCUUGUUCGUGAUCCUAAAAAGCGGUUGACUGCUCAUGAAGUUUUAUGUCACCCUUGGGUACAAGUUGAUGGUGUGGCACCUGACAAACCUCUUGAUUCUGCUGUUUUGAGCCGUCUGAAGCAGUUCAGGGCCAUGAAUAAACUAAAGAAAAUGGCUCUUAGAGUGAUUGCAGAUUGCCUAUCUGAAGAAGAAAUUGCUGGACUCAAAGAGAUGUUCAAAAUGAUAGACACAGACAAUAGUGGUCAAAUCACUUAUGAAGAACUUAAAACUGGACUUGAAAAGGCUGGUGCCAACCUCAAGGAGUCCGAAAUUUAUGAUCUUAUGCAAGCAGCCGAUGUUGACAACAGUGGGACAAUAGAUUAUGGAGAGUUCAUAGCUGCAACAUUACAUUUUAACAAAAUCGAUAAAGAAGAUAAUUUAUUUGCGGCGUUUAAUUAUUUUGACAAGGACGGAAGUGGCUAUAUUACUGCAGACGAACUUCAGCAAGCUUGCGAGGAGUUUGGAAUACAAGAUGCGCGGUUGGAAGAGAUGAUUAGAGAAGCCGAUCAGGAUAAUGAUGGACGUAUCGACUACAACGAGUUUGUUGCAAUGAUGCAAAACGGGAAUCCAAGAGCAGUUCCUGGCAAGAAAGGUCAAGAAAGCAAUUUCAACUUUGGAUUAAGAGAUGCAUUAAAGCUUUAGCGCCUUCUUGCGAGUCUGAGGAUCGUUUUUGCUGUAAUUUUGUUCUCGUUAAUCCCUUUCCUUCUAUUAAUGGUAAGCAAAAAAUUUGUUUUUUUAAAAUUUUAGUAACAAGGUUAAAUGUUAUGUUGUGUUAAAAGUGAUGUUGUAUAGCAUAGAAUGCUCUCAAUUCUUGGCUCUUAGUGAGUCCAAAUUUUUGGCAAGUACAAUGGUAUUUUUACCCAAUAUAGAAGUUGAGAAAAAAAGUUGAAUGUA